AGGAAGAACGGUUGGAAAAAUGGGGAAAAGCAGAGCAGACACUGUCUGUUGAUUGUUCGUCAAUCUGACAUCCACCAUUUCCACUCGGUUUUGUGCCUCUUCAAUAUCACCAUUUCCACUCUGAUUUGGACUGACAUCCACCAUUUCCACCAUUGAAUUACAUUUCACGUUGCUGAAGCUGCCGGAGGAAUCAGGGACGAGGGAGGCCCUCUCUCUCUCUGAGUCAACGUCCAACUUCAGGCUUUCUUUCUACGGCUGAAUGGCUAACUCAUUGGCUCGGAGCGAUAGAAAAUUCAAGAGGUUGGAAUCUCGGAAGUCCCAUUCAUGGUGGUGGGACAGUCACGUCAGCCCCAAAAAUUCUAGAUGGCUCACGGAGAAUCUCGAGGAGAUGGACCGCAGCAUCAAGCGUAUGUUGAAGCUAAUUGAAGAAGAUGCAGAUUCAUUUGCAAAGAAGGCUGAAAUGUAUUAUCAGAAGAGGCCAGUGUUGAUCUCUCAUGUUGAGGAAUUCUACCGUAUGUAUCGUUCCCUUGCUGAGCGUUAUGAUCAUGUGACAGGUGAGCUUCGAAAAAAUAUUCCUUCAGAUCUACAAUCUCAGGGCUCUGGUAUUUCUGACCUGGGCUCUGAGCUGCCCUCUACAUGGCCCUCUCCCGAUCAAAGGCUUGGACGUCGAAAAUCUGGACCACGAGCUGCUGGCUUUGAUUUCUUCCUUGGAUCUGGUGGAAGCAACUCUGAUACUUGCCAAAAGGAAGGAGAUGAGUCAUCUUCCUUGACUGAAUCUGAACCUGAAUCUGACGAUUCAUCGGUAAACAAUUAUUCAGGUGGUGAUCAAGGUCUGAACAGGAAGAUGAUUGAAUUGGAGAUUGAGCUUCGUGAGGCUAAAGAAAAGCUCCGCAUGAAAGAGGAUAAUGCAGAAGGUUCACUUCCAUUCAAAGGGGCAGCGGAUGAAAAUUCUGAUUAUGUUUUUGCUAGAAUUGCUGGGUACGAGGAAGAAUUAAGGAAUGCAAACGAGAAGCUGCGAAUUUCAGACAUACAGAUCAUGAGGUUGAAAAGUGAGCUCCAAAAGUACAGGGAAUCAGAAAUGACCAAGGGUUUGCAGGCUGAGUCUUUGUCUGCUACAAUGGAAGAUACCCUGAGGCAUGAAGAUGGGGUUCCUUUGGUCAUUAAUCACGAAUCAGAGGUUGACGAACAUCAUAGAGGUUCAGGAGCUGACCAUGUCAUUACCGUUAAGGAACUGGUGGAAGAGCAAAAAAUUACUAAGGAAAGACUUGAGACUUCACAGAAAGAACUUUCUAAAUUAAAGCUUGAACUUGAGAACAAUAGAUCACCUGAGAAAAUCUGCCAUUUGCAGAAUGAGCUUGAAGCAGCCCGAAAAGAUACCACUACAUGGAAGGCCAAGCUGAGUGCGGAGAGAAGAGAGGUCUCCAAGCUCCAAGAAAGAAUUUCAAGGUUGAAAGCUAGUUUAUCAGAUCGAGAUCAUGAGAUAAGGGAUUUAAAACUAGCAGUAUCUGAUGCUGAGCAGAAAAUCUUUCCCGAGAAAGCACAAGUUAAGGCUGACAUGUCUAAGCUACUUGAGGAGCAAGCUGUGUUGAUGGAACAAGUCAGAGAAUGGGAACAUCGAGCUCGUCUUUUGGAGGAUGAAAUCAGAAAAAUAAAAGGGGAAAAGGUGGAUUUGGAAGAGAGACUUAAUGGUGAGAUCAAGCGGCUGGAGACGACAAUUGUUGAGAAAGUAGAAUGCAUGGAGUAUUUUAAAAAUGGGCUCAAUGAUUUGGAGUCUGAAAGGGAUCAACUACAGGCUGAAGUUGUAGCUUUGAAAGAGAAACUGAGGUCCAAAGACAAGCAGGUGGAUGAUAUAAGGAAGCAUGUGGGAAAAUUGGAAAGGGAACGUGUGGAGCUAGUAUCAAGUAUUGAUAAAGCUGACAAGGUGGCGGAGAAGUUAAGAUUAAGAGAGAAGGAGCUGGAGGGUGAGGUGGAGAAGCAAAGAAUACUGAUAAUGGAAGGAGCGGAGGAAAAGAGAGAGGCUAUAAGGCAGCUAUGUUUUUCGAUUGAGCACUACAGGAGUGGAUAUCAUAUGCUUAGAGAAGUUUUUAUUGGUCAAAAGCGGGUUCCAGUAUUGGCUUCUUAAGUACAUGUUUAGAAUAACAUCGAAUCUUAAAACAAUUGUUGGCUUGUUUCUGGGAUGAAACAAACGGUUUUCUGUUUGUUAAAUUAAAUGAUGUAAAUGUAGUUCACUUAGAGAAACAAUGAGCGGGAGUUUGAUAAGAAUCGUCCCAGCAGGGUCCUGUUGCCAAAUUUUGGCUCUUUAACGUCUGUUGAAGUAUGAAACACUUUUAGGACAAUUCCUACCUUGGGCAAAACUUGAAAUCUAGAAGACCAAUGCGAACCAGGCAAGUGAGCUCCAAUUGUACGGCUUGUAUUUUGUUGUGUAUGGGACGCCAGGUUUGAAUCAUCUUAACAAACAUUGACUUGUUGGUAAAUAACCUUUGUCCAAUGCGGACAUGUUGCUCUUUAA